AUGGGAGGAUGCUUCUCCAAACCCAAACCAGUGGAAGUUAAAGUGGAGCUGUCUCUGCUGGAGAAAGAAAAAGAGGUGGAUGGGCUGUCACCUAAUGGCAAAGCAAGCCCCUUCGCCGACUGCAGACCCAACGGGGCCCUGGGGCACGGCUCUGAUGAGGACUCCACCCCCCUCCGCCUCUACCACAAACCACGGGACUACGUGGAGGCCUCCAUCUGUCAUGUUAAAGACCUGGAAAAUGGACAGAUGCGAGAAGUCGAUUUGGGAAGUGGCAGAGCUUUGCUUAUCAAGGAACAUGGAGAGUUCUCAGCCAUGGGCCACAAGUGUCCUCACUACGGUGCACCCCUGGUCAAAGGUGUCUUGUCAAAAGGACAUGUGCGCUGUCCCUGGCACGGUGCAUGUUUCAACAUCGCAACAGGAGACAUCGAAGACUUCCCUGGGCUGGACAGCCUGCCUACCUUCCAGGUCAGAGUUGAAAAGGACAAGGUGAUCAUUCGUGCAAACAAGCAGGCUCUUCAGUCACAGAAAAGGUCAAAGCCCAUGGCCCGAUGUUCAGCAGUCAUUAACUCCAGCACAGGCUUCAGCCACGUUCUCAUCAUUGGCUCAGGUCCGGCAGGUCUGGUGUGUGCAGAGACACUGAGGCAAGAGGGCUUCACCGAUCGCAUUGUCAUGUGCACCAUGGACAAACAUCCUCCGUACGACAGGCCUAAACUGAGUAAGUCCCUAGAAAGCACAGCAGAGCAGCUGAGACUGCGCUCCACCGACUUCCUCCAGAGCCACGACAUUGAGCUGUUCACAGAGAAGGAGGCUGUGGCAAUAGAUGUCAAAACACGGUCUGUGACUUUUGACGAUGGCUUGAGGAUGGAGUACAGGAAACUCUUUAUUGCUACAGGAAGCAAACCCAAACCAAUGAACUACAAGGGCAAGGACGUUAGGAACGUGUUUCACCUCAGGACUCCUGAAGAUGCGAACAGCAUAGCCAGGCUGGCCAACAACAAGAAUGCAGUAAUUGUGGGAACGUCAUUUGUUGGUAUGGAGGUGGCUGCAGCUCUCACUGACAAGGCCCACUCUGUCUCUGUCAUUGGGAUUGAAUCAGUCCCGUUCAAAAAAGCUCUUGGGGAGAAAGUAGGGAAAGCCAUAAUGAAGCUGUUUGAGGCAAACAGGGUGAAGUUCUACAUGCUGAAUGAGGUGUCGGAGAUGAUAGGCCAUCAUGGACAGCUUAAAGAGGUGGUACUGAAGAGUGGAAAAGUGCUACGGGCAGACGUGUGUGUCAUCGGAGCAGGAUCUGUUCCUGCAACCAGCUUCCUGAAACAGAGCGGCGUUCACAUGGACUCCAAGGGCUUCAUCACUGUCAACAAGAUGAUGCAGACCAAUGUUGACGGCGUCUUUGCUGGAGGAGAUGUGGUGAUGUUUCCUUUCCCGCAGCGCAGCAAUAAGAAGGUGAACAUCCCUCACUGGCAAAUGGCCCAUGUACACGGAAGAGUGGCAGCUCUCAGCAUGAUGGGUAGAGCCACAGAGAUCAAAACUGUGCCUUACUUCUGGUCAGCCAUGUUUGGGAAGAGCAUACGCUAUGCAGGUUAUGGUGAUGGGUUUGAUGAUGUCAUCAUACAAGGAGACCUGGAUGAAUUGAGAUUUGUGGCAUUUUAUACCAGGAGUGAGGAGGUGGUUGCAGUGGCCAGCAUGAACUAUGAUCCUAUUGUAUCCCGUGUGGCAGAGGUCUUAGGAUCUGGAAAGACGAUUAAGAAGCGAGAUGUGGAGACUGGAGAUAUUUCUUGGCUGAUUGACAAAGGCUCUCAAUGA